AUGGCACAGAACGCAGAACAGUACCUGGCCGCAGCCAACUGGAACCUCGAACACGCCGGAGCUCUCUACUUCGACGACGCUGCCCCGCAAGACGAACAAGACGCCACCUCCGCUAACGACCUUACAUCGCAGACCAACAUGGCCGACGACAACGAAAACCAGACGCCCGCCCAGCAGCCAGGUGGCGGUCGUACAUUGGGAGGUGCAUAUGUGCCGCCCACCGAGUCUAGCUCUUCGUCAGCGCAACAACCAGCGGCACAGCGGCAGCCCCAGCGGGGACUGAGGACCCUUGGAGAUCUACAGUCGUCUGGCGGUGGCGGUCACGGACACGCUCACGACGACGACGACUCAGAUGAUGACGAUGAGCAGCAUGACUUCUUCACGGGUGGUGAGAAGUCUGGACUUGCGGUGCAGAAUCCCAACCAGUCGAAUCCCCGCGAUCAGAUCAACAAUAUUCUGCGACGCGCUCGACAGAAUGCCCCUCGUCCAGGCGGCGAUGACGAGCAACCCGUCACCCAAUUCCGCGGCACUGGUAUGACAUUGGGCGGCGACGAUGCGCCCUCUCGCGAAAUCCCCGACCCCACCGCCAGCGCCCCGAGCCUUCCCCCGCGCGCACACCGCGAGCUACAUCUGUGGCGGGAUGGCUUCUCUGUCGAUGACGGCGAUCUCUUCCGAUAUGAUGAUCCGGCCAACGCUCGCACGCUCGAGAUGAUUAAUACCGGCCACGCCCCGCUUCACAUCCUCAACGUCGAGCAAGGACAAGAGGUGGAUGUUGAAGUACACGCACACAAGGACGAGGAUUAUGUCAAGCCAAAGAAGAAGUACGUACCCUUCUCCGGCUCUGGCCAGCGUCUCGGCAGCCCUACGCCCGGCGCGAGCACGUUUGCUCAACCACCCGCUCCGGCCGCUUCUUCAUCCGGUUCCACGGUCGCCGCAGGUGCUGCCGAUGCUGCGAAACCGACCGUCGAUGUCGACUCCAGCGCGCCUGUGAUUACACUCCAGAUUCGCCUAGCGGACGGCACACGCCUGCCUUCGCGAUUCAACAUGACGCACACUAUCGGGGAUGUGUACAACUUUGUCAACUCGGCCAGCCCUGCGAGCACACAGCGCCCGUAUGCGCUCAUGACUACGUUCCCAAGUAGGGAGCUAUCGGACAAGGCUCAGGCCUUGGGUGAUCUGGCCGAGUUCAAGCGGGGGGGCGUGGUGGUGCAGAAGUGGACUUGA